CAUCCCAUGAAUGUAGUAUAUAAAAACACAUAUGUAAAAAUGAUAUAUGAAACCUGCUAAUAUUUGAAAUUAGAGCAAUUUCAUAUAUUCACACACACACACACACACACACACACACACACACGAACACACACACACACACACAGCUCUGCUUCCUUCCUGUAUGCGCAGAGCUGUAACGUAAUUGCAAGAAUAGACAUUUACAGAAGCUUCCGUUAUUUUGCAGUGAAGAGCGACAUGAAUAUCCUCGGUCCUUGCCGUGCCGUUCCGUGCCGUUCCGUGCCGUGCUGUUCCGUGCCGUGCUGGCAGUGUUGCGGCAGAGCUGCGGAGGAGGAGUUUGCUGGGAUCACUUCCACUCAGAGGACGGUAGCUCGGGACGUAUAGGCUUGGGUUUAGGAGGGGUUCCGUUAUGUAGCGGACUGGUUUAGAGGCCGAGGACCUCCUCAUAUGGAUUUGCGUGUUUUGUAGAAUAACGUCGGAAUGAUGCGAUCGCCGUGUUUUCACACUCUGGCCUUGUUUUGUCCCUUUGUCCUCUGAUCGGUCUGCCGGUCCCCCGCUGUGGCGUCAAACCCACCGACCUCACAAUGUGGUUCAAAGGAGAUUUGGAGGAUGGAUACGAGUCUAAUAAAACAGGCUCCAGUAGUGGUGGCUCUCCAGGAUGGGUCCCUGGCCACGAAUCAGCCUGGCACAGCAACCCCCCCGGCCCCGGGAGCAGUAUCUUUGGUGGGCGCCGACACAGCACAGUUUCCGACAGUGGCGACACUGGCAUUGGCACUUACUACUCUGACAGUGUGGAAGACGACUCCAGCUCCAGUACCACUCCUUUGUCUUUCCAGCCACUGUCCCAGCAUCACUUGGGCCAGGAUGAUGAUGGCAUCCCCACUGUCCACGUCAUGCCAUCCCCAUCCUCCUCACCCAACACCAGUUUCAGAAUACCUUGCUCACCCAGCAGCUCAGGUAAGUGGAGCAGGUCCUGCCAGCUGCUUACGCCAGCCAUGUCUCCCCUGGGUGCACCGAGCUGUCUCGACAUGAAAGACCAUCAGCCCAUCCGGAGGUGGUCCUCUCUCACCAAGUUGUCCUCUGGAGCUGAAAAGAGCUCCACCAGAACAUCAGGCCAUCAAUACAACUCAGAUUCACAAGGCUCCCUGGACAGAGGUCUGCUCUAUGGGUAUAGGAAGGAACCACUUGGAUCAAAUGUGGACCUUUAUCUACCUUUAUCCUCAUCCUUGCUCUGCCAUAGCUUGCUGCAGCGCUCGCCCGGCGCUGGCCCCUGCUACCGCUACAACCACAGCAGUAGAUCCACUGGCUUGGACACAGGCCGGUCUCUUUCCUCAGCUCUGUCCUCGCCAGUAAGACACAACACUUUGGACAUGAACUAUAUUGCUUUACCAGAAGCUAAUCUGGGCCGGGGAGGGGGACAGGUGUAUGGCCUAAGUUUACCCAAACAAGCGGACACAACACUGGGUCACCAGACUGACAGAGGCUCCCCAAUCCAGCCUGCGGUUCGCACCCAGAUGUGGCUGACGGAGCAGAUGGAGUAUAGACCCAAAGCCGAGCGUGGAAGUGAACCUGGUCAAAUCAGUGGUAUGGGAACAGAGGGCUGUGGUGGAGAUGGGCUUUCGUCAUGGCAACAGGGACAUCAGCAGGAACCAGGGUUUAACCAGGUGAUGACUGGGACCUCCCUUCCUGUCAACACGCUGGUGAAGGUUAAAGAGGGGCUGCUGAGACAGAGAGAACUGGAGAUAGAUAGGCAGAAGCAGCAGAUCCUGCAGCUCCAUGCGCGGAUCAGAGAGAAUGAGCUCAGAGCACAGCAGGUCCUGCAGAGCCAGAGAAGCUGGUUUGACGAUCCCCACAUCCUAAAUACCAAGGAGUCAGCGAUGAGGACGCCGUGCAAGCAGCCGUCUGAUAGGCUGUGCUGUGAUGAGGAACUUGGCAGGAAGCUGGCGGUGGCUGAACUGGAAGUGCUCCAUAUGAACGAGUUAUUCAAGCAAGUCACAAAUAAAUACACAGAGGACAUCAGAAAACUGGAGGAGAAGAUAAAGACGAGGGAUCGCUACAUCAGUAGUCUGAAGAAGAAGUGUCAGAGAGAGAGCGAGCAGAGGCAAGAAAAACAGCAGCGCAUAGAGACUCUGGAGAAAUACCUCUCUGACCUGCCAACACUGGAUGAGGUGCAGGCCCAGGCCCAGCAGCAGGAGGAGGUCCAGCAGAAAGCUAAGAACCUGGAGAAGAGGGUGUGUCAGCUGCAGAGGAGCCUGGAGGAAGGAUGUGCUCUGAUGAAGGAGAAGGACAUCAAGAUCGAGAUGCAGAGCAGGAGAGAGAAGGAGCUGAUUGCAUCUGUGCACAGCCUGCAGCAGAAGGUGCAGAAGUGUCUGGACGACGGGGUGAGGUUGCCUGUGCAGGACCUGAAGCGGCUCGAGGUGGAAAACAUUCAACUUCUGGAGCAGCAAGACCACAGCAGCAGGCUGAUCGAACAUCAGAGAGAACAGAUUGAGAGGCUGACCCUGCAACUAACGGCCACCAGUGCAAGACUGCAGAAGAAAAGACGACAGCAGGAGGAGAGCCCGGCCCCCCCAUCCAGAGCCCUACCACAGCCACGGCAGGUAGAUGAAGGCUUGUUGGUGCAUCCUCUAUCCCACCUGGAGAUGCCAGAAGUGGGCCGGCUGCUGAAAGAGAUGUCCCUGUGUCUUCUGGACCUCCAGGCGCUCUGCAACAUCCUGGCCCAGAGAGCACAAGGGAAAGAGCCCAACCUAUCUCUGCUGCUGGGCAUGAAAUCGUUGAGUGUGUCAGCGGAGGAGAGCGACUGCAGAGCGGUUGUCGAGGAAGAGCUGAGGGUCAAGCUGCUGGAGGUCGGCCAGCUGAGGAGAGACAUCGAUGAGCUGAGGAAGAGCAUCUCAGACCGCUACGCUCAGUACAUGGGUGACAGCUGUGUCUCCCAGUGACACCCAGCACUGCUCUAACCCAACGUGUGUUUGAACUGUUUUAUUUCUCAGUACUUCAUAGAUAACCACAUAAAGUACUAUAUUAAUCAUGAGAAUUAUAAGGUUCAUUAUAAGGUCACCAUCAUGGAUGAUGGAAGAUGUUGUGUGAGCAGUCAUGUUGUUGUAUAGAGUGGCUGGCCUUCACAUCUGUUGUGGACUCAGUGGGACUGAGUGAGCUGCAGCCUACAGUUCUGUGUUGGACCAGUAGUCUGCAUCACACCACUGCAAACAACAUAUACAUUAGACUCAUGACUCGGCAGUUAACGUAGACCAGAAGAAGUGACCUGGAGAAAGAAGGAUGACGAGACAACACAGCUGGACACUCAUGAGAUGUGGGUGACGAACUCGUCUGACAGAAGCUCAGUGCUAUGUGCUAUGCUAUAACUGUAAUAAUCUUUCAAAUGUGGAUACAAGGACCAACAUUUGUAUGUUUAUUCCUCUGGGUCAUUCAUUUGAAAAAUCCCAUUAGCCACUUGAAAUUUCAAAAUUUCCACCAUUUUCCAAGAUGGCUGCCAUUUUCAGCAUAGAAACACGUUUUAACACAAAAUUUUACCCACAAGACAGAUUUCAGUGAUUUUACAAUUUUAUCUUAUGUUUUUGAUUCUGAUUACGUCAAAUUCUCUUAAAAUUUGGUCAGAGCUUUAUUUGCAAUUUCUAAUAUGUGAAAAAUGAAUAAAACACAAUGUGAUUACAAACAAUCUAUUAUGAAUCAUGAGCAAGCUAGCAAGCUAGUUCACAAGUUAGCAGUUAGCAAAUAGCCCUGACAUAUCACCUAACACUGUCACAUUCAGAGAGCAAACAGUUGAUAAUGUUAGGCAUGAUUUGACCAUGAUAAAACUAGGCAACAUUUAGAGCAAAACCAUCACCAAAAGAGAAACGUCCUAAUAUCUCAAUAUGAAAGAACCAUUUUAUGAUGUUCUCAUUUAAAAGAAAAAUAUCCUGCAAAAUGAAUCCACAUUUUUUGUAAAAAGAAAAUCUCUUUAUUUUUAAAUGUAUAAAUUAUCACAAAGUCGUGAUUUUAUUAGGAAAUGUAUUUUGUGAGUUUGUACUCAUGCAAGUUUAAUUUUUUACAGUGAACUAAAUUUCAUCUGCGUUGUAGUGAUGUAUGAUUUGACACCUACGUUAUUCAUAUGAGAAAAUGUGGAUGAAAUUA